CCGGCCCACAUUGCUUCCGCAGUUUAAAUUGGAAUCGUCCGAGUCGACUCAGUACGAAAGACGAGUCGGUUUGGAUCCCACAGUUCAUUAAGGCAGAAAAAUCGUCUGAGUCAGAACUGAGAACUGAGAAAGUUGAGUGAAGCGAAUUCCGGUUGAAUUUUCGGAGUUUGUUUCCUGAAAAUCGAUUUCGCAAAAGCCAUGGACGCGGUUGAAGCAGUGGUGACUCAGAUUCAGGGGCUAUCGAGUAGCGCCGGAGACCUGACGAGGCUCCAUACCAUUCUCAAGCAAGCUGAGGAAUCGCUUCAUUCCGAGUCGGUUCGAUUGUUUUCUGCUCUUGACCAACUCGACCCUUCCAAGCACUCUCUCGGAUUCCUCUAUAUUCUAGAAGCAUGCUCGUCUGGUCCAGUUACGAAAGAGCGGGCAAGCACCCUGGUUCUAGCCAUUUCUAGAUUUAUCAGCUCUUGUGCUGCAGAGCAGAUUCGAUUGGCUCCUGAGAAAUUCAUAUCUGUUUGUAAGAGGUUUAAAGACCAAGUUUUGCUGCUCGAAGCUCCAAUUCGCGGGGUUGCUCCGAUGCUGACUGCUAUUAGGAAACUUCAGGUCUCAUCUGAAUAUUUGACUACCUUGCAUCCAGAGUUUCUUCUUCUUUGUUUGCAGGCCAAAUCCUACAAAACAGGCCUGUCUGUUUUACAUGAUGACAUUUCUGAGGUAGAUCAGCCAAGGGAUCUUUUUCUCUAUUGCUAUUAUGGGGGGAUGAUAUGCAUUGGGCAAAAGCACUUCCGUAAAUCAUUGGAGCUUCUACACAAUGUUGUAACUGCUCCAAUGUCUACUGUUAACGCCAUAGCAGUUGAAGCAUACAAAAAAUACAUUUUGGUUUUUCUCAUUCUCCACGGGCAUUUCUCGACAAAUCUCCCCAAGUACACUUCUUCAGUAGCUCAGAGAAAUCUGAAGAAUUUUUGUUCGCCCUAUAUUGAAUUGGCAAAUAGCUAUGGUACUGGAAAAAUUACAGAGUUGGAGGCAUAUGUUCAGGCCAACAGAGAGAAGUUCGAAAGUGACAACAAUCUUGGACUGGUAAAUCAGGUUGUAUCUUCUAUGUAUAAGCGAAAUAUUCAGAGAUUGACUCAGACAUACUUGACUCUCUCCCUCCAAGAUAUAGCGAACACGGUUCAAUUAAACAGUGCCAAGGAAGCUGAAAUGCAUGUGCUGCAAAUGAUCCAAGAUGGUGAGAUCUUUGCAACAAUUAACCAGAAAGAUGGAAUGGUUAGAUUCCAUGAGGAUCCUGAACAGUAUAAAUCCUGUGAGAUGAUCGAACACAUUGACUCAUCGAUUCAAAGGAUAAUGAUGCUUUCAAGGAAGCUGACUGCCAUGGAUGAGCACAUCUCAUGUGAUCCUUUAUACUUAGCAAAGGCUGGGAGAGAGCGACCAAGGUUUGACCUUGAUGAUUAUGAGAGUGUUCCUCAGAAAUUCAAUAUAUGAACCGAAUCAAGCGAGACUGUUAUAUGUAUAGGGGGGACCUCAACUAGUGACGGGUUUAUUUUUUUGUGGGAACUGAUACCAUUAAGAGUCAUUUUGGUCCCAGCUGAGAAAUAGAACUUCUAUUGUUUUACCUUUCUAA